GCACAUUAAACCCAUGGCUCUAAAAGAGUUGGAUUAUGAUAUUUGGACAGCAGCAUAAAUGGAAACUGGUUUAAAAAAAGUUGGAGUGUCUGACCUUGAUGUUGCUAAUACUGUAUGUGUGGUUGCUCCUGAGGUAGAAACGAUCCAGUUUUACUAAAACAAGGUUGUAUUCCCCAUUCGACUGAACUGGAAUAAAGGAACAAACUAUGGGAUUGCAUUCAAGAUAACGCUUCUGGAAAAGGUUUCCAAUGGCUCUCUUCUUUUGGGUUGGUUUAUACUACACUUUUGAUGGUUUUCAUAUCUGAUGGAUUUAUUUUCCAUUUGGAAAUAUUUCAAAUAAAUAAUUGUUCAUACUUGGAAGCAACUUCCUUCUUUUGAACAUUGUAAAACAUGGGAGACAUGGCUAACAACUCGGUAGCAUAUAGUGGCGUAAAAUAUACUGUAAAAGAUUCUAAUCAUGGAGACUUUGGGGUCACAGUUGAAGAACUUCGUGACCUUAUGGAAUUGCGUGCUGCUGAUGCUUUACAUAAAAUACAAGAAUGCUAUGGAGACGUGCAUGGAAUCUGUACAAGAUUGAAAACUUCUCCUAAUGAAGGCUUAAGUGGAAACCCAGCAGAUAUAGAGAGGAGAGCAACUGUGUUUGGGAAGAACUUUAUACCUCCUAAAAAGCCAAAAACUUUUCUUCAGUUAGUAUGGGAAGCACUACAGGAUGUUACUUUAAUUAUAUUAGAAAUUGCAGCCAUAGUAUCAUUGGGCCUUUCUUUUUACCAACCUCCUGGAGGGAAUGAAGCAUUAUGUGGAACAGUAUCAGUUGGAGAAGAAGAGGAAGAAGGUGAAACAGGAUGGAUUGAAGGAGCUGCAAUCCUCCUUUCUGUUGUUUGUGUGGUAUUAGUCACAGCUUUCAAUGACUGGAGUAAAGAGAAACAGUUUAGGGGCUUGCAAAGCCGCAUUGAACAAGAACAGAAGUUUACUGUCAUCAGGGGUGGCCAAGUCAUCCAGAUUCCUAUAGCUGACAUUGUUGUUGGUGAUAUUGCACAAGUAAAAUAUGGUGACCUUUUACCAGCAGAUGGUGUACUUAUACAAGGAAAUGACCUCAAAAUUGACGAAAGCUCACUGACUGGAGAAUCUGAUCAUGUUAAGAAAACAUUGGAUCGAGAUCCUAUGUUGCUCUCAGGUACGCAUGUAAUGGAAGGUUCAGGAAGAGUGGUAGUUACUGCUGUAGGUAUAAACUCACAAACUGGAAUUAUCUUUACCUUGCUUGGUGCUGGAGCUGAUGAUGAUGAAGAAAAGAAGGAAAAGGAGAAAAAAGAUAAGAAAAGUAAAAAACAAGAUGGUGCUAUUGAAAAUCGUAAUAAAGCAAAGGCUCAGGAUGGUGCAGCUAUGGAAAUGCAGCCCCUGAAAAGUGAAGAUGGUGCCGAUGGGGAUGAUAAAAAAAGAAACAAUAUGCCCAAGAAAGAGAAAUCAGUUCUGCAAGGGAAACUCACAAAGUUAGCUGUUCAGAUUGGCAAAGCAGGAUUAUUGAUGUCUGCUGUCACAGUCAUCAUUCUUGUAUUGUAUUUUGUAAUUGAUACCUUCUGGGUCCAAAAACGUCUUUGGCUUGCAGAGUGCACACCAAUAUACAUUCAGUAUUUUGUGAAGUUCUUCAUCAUUGGUGUUACUGUUCUGGUUGUGGCAGUUCCAGAGGGUCUUCCACUUGCAGUAACUAUCUCACUGGCUUACUCUGUAAAGAAAAUGAUGAAAGAUAAUAACUUGGUCAGACAUCUGGACGCUUGUGAAACAAUGGGAAAUGCAACAGCCAUUUGCUCAGAUAAAACAGGAACAUUGACAAUGAACAGGAUGACAGUAGUCCAGGCUUAUAUCAGUGAAAAACAUUAUAAAAAAAUCCCAGAGCCACAAGCUAUUCCUGAGAAAACUUUGUCAUACCUUGUAACAGGAAUCUCUGUCAAUUCUGCUUAUACUUCCAAAAUAUUGCCUCCUGAAAAGGAAGGUGGUCUGCCUCGCCAUGUUGGUAAUAAAACUGAAUGUGCCUUGCUGGGAAUGGUUCUGGAUUUGAAACGAGAUUAUCAGGAUGUUAGAAAUGAAAUACCAGAAGAGGCACUCUAUAAAGUCUACACCUUCAACUCUGUUAGGAAAUCAAUGAGUACUGUGCUGAAGAACUCUGAUGGCAGUUUCCGGAUAUUCAGCAAGGGUGCAUCAGAGAUUGUACUUAAAAAGUGCUUUAAGAUAUUAAGUGCAAAUGGUGAACCAAAAGUAUUCAGACCAAGAGACCGUGAUGAUAUUGUAAAAACUGUGAUUGAACCCAUGGCCUCAGAGGGACUCAGAACCAUAUGCCUGGCAUUCAGAGACUUCCCAGCUGGAGAACCUGAGCCAGAAUGGGACAAUGAAAAUGACAUUGUCACUGGUCUUACAUGCAUUGCUGUUGUGGGCAUUGAAGAUCCUGUGAGGCCUGAGGUACCAGAUGCAAUUAAAAAAUGCCAGCGUGCUGGCAUAACUGUACGUAUGGUUACUGGUGAUAAUAUUAACACUGCCCGUGCUAUUGCUUUGAAAUGUGGCAUUUUGCAUCCUGGUGAAGAUUUCCUAUGUCUAGAAGGCAAAGAAUUCAAUAGACGAAUACGUAAUGAAAAAGGAGAGAUAGAACAGGAACGAAUAGACAAAAUUUGGCCCAAACUCCGUGUUCUUGCAAGGUCUUCCCCCACUGACAAACACACUUUGGUGAAAGGCAUAAUAGACAGCACUGUUUCAGAACAGAGGCAAGUUGUAGCAGUGACUGGUGAUGGAACAAAUGAUGGUCCUGCUUUAAAAAAAGCAGAUGUUGGCUUUGCUAUGGGUAUUGCUGGAACUGAUGUAGCUAAAGAAGCUUCUGAUAUUAUUCUUACAGAUGACAACUUUACAAGCAUUGUUAAAGCUGUAAUGUGGGGACGAAAUGUAUAUGACAGUAUCUCCAAAUUUCUUCAGUUCCAGCUUACUGUCAAUGUAGUAGCAGUAAUUGUUGCUUUCACAGGAGCAUGUAUUACACAAGAUUCUCCACUUAAAGCUGUUCAGAUGCUAUGGGUAAAUCUCAUAAUGGACACAUUGGCUUCACUUGCACUGGCAACGGAACCCCCCACGGAAUCUCUCUUGUUGAGAAAACCUUAUGGUAGAAAUAAACCUCUCAUCUCGCGCACGAUGAUGAAGAAUAUUUUGGGCCAUGCUUUCUACCAGCUUGUGGUUGUCUUUACACUUCUUUUUGCUGGUGAAAAAAUCUUUGACAUCGACAGUGGAAGAAAUGCACCUCUCCAUGCCCCUCCUUCAGAGCACUAUACUAUUGUAUUUAACACAUUUGUGAUGAUGCAGCUUUUUAAUGAAAUAAAUGCCCGAAAAAUUCAUGGUGAAAGAAAUGUUUUUGAAGGAAUAUUCAAUAAUGCCAUAUUCUGUACUAUAGUUCUUGGCACUUUCAUUGUACAGAUAGUUAUCGUGCAGUUUGGUGGGAAGCCUUUCAGUUGUUCAGAGCUUACAAUAGAACAGUGGCUGUGGUCAAUAUUUCUAGGAAUGGGAACACUUCUUUGGGGCCAGUUGAUAUCAACAGUUCCAACCAGUCAUUUGAAAUUCCUUAAGGAAGCUGGCCAUGGAACACAGAAAGAUGAGAUUCCAGAAGAAGAGUUAGCAGAGGAUGUAGAAGAGAUUGAUCAUGCUGAAAGAGAACUACGGCGUGGUCAGAUCUUGUGGUUUAGGGGCCUAAACAGGAUACAAACUCAGAUGGAUGUAGUGAAUGCUUUCCAGAGUGGAACUUCCAUUCAGGGGGCUCUAAGGCGGCAGCCUUCCAUCGCCAGCCAGCAUCAUGAUAUCCGAGUGGUGAAUGCAUUUCGUAGUUCCUUAUAUGAAGGAUUGGAAAAACCUGAGACACGAAGUUCAAUCCACAAUUUUAUGACACAUCCAGAGUUUAGAAUAGAAGAUUCUGAGACUCAUAUUCCUCUUAUUGAUGAUACCGAUGCUGAAGAUGAUGCUCCAACAAAACGCAACUCAAGUCCUGCUCCACCCUCUCCCAACAAAAAUAACAAUGCGGUUGACAGUGGAAUUCAUCUUACAACAGACUUGAAGAAGUCUGCUACCUCUUCAUCCCCAGGGAGCCCACUACAUAGUUUGGAAACAUCACUCUGAUUGUAAGCUGAAUGUUAACACAUUAGCUGCAUUGUAAAGAAACAAAUUGAAACUGGGUCUUCUUCACUCAUGGUGAUGGACAAGAUGGUAUUCUUGUCUGGGACUUCAAAAGAAGAUACACUUGUACGAAUGUAGAUUUAUUUUUUUAAAAAAAGCUUUCCGCAAGACUUGAGGGUGCUUUUGAGGUGGGUGGGAGUAAUAAUGAACUCUGACAGAUAAACAGAUAAGUGACCUGUGGAUCAUCAACUUUACUUAAGAAUGGCCCUUAAGAAUGUCUUAGCAGAGCUUUAGUUUCUCAUUCCUUUGAGGAGAGGGCUGAAAUGAGCAAAGUAGCCCUGGAUCACUGAAUUGAUAACUUUCAUUUCUGCUGUUGGCUGUUAAUAAUUUGGAUUAUUUAUGUUUAUAAAUGAUACAGAUCUGUUUACAAGGUUUGUAGAUACUUUUUUGUUCCUGUUCAUAGAUGGGAAGCUUCCUUAUAAAUGAUGCAGAGAAGAAAAUUAGUCCUUCAAAUACUGCUGUAUUUUCAGGAAAGGGUGUUUCUAUUGAAACUGUACUAAAUUUUUGCCUGCAACUUGUUAAAUAUUGUAGAUAAAAUUGCUACUACUAAUAGCCAAAUAGGUAACACUAAUGCUUUGUAAAAAACAAACAAAAACAAACCAUGAGCAGUGGUGUUCUAAUGAAGUUAUGGCCUCUGUCCUAAUUAGUUUCUUAAACAUUUACUACUUAAUGGUUUUGAAACAACUGUAAAAAUUUUUAAAAAUGAGAAACUUACUGAAUAACUUCUGUUCAAAAUUUAGUAGAGGAUUGUUUAAUGCAGGACAAUGUGAUGCAUUAAAUGUGAUAACUUUUGUUAUCUCAGGCAAAAUGGAUUAAAUCAAAAUACAUCAGAAUCUUAGUCCUUUUUGUUUUUGUCUAAACACAGUAGCUUAUUGCUGUCUUGGUGAACUGUGAGUGGAGCCGUUUAUUUUUAUGAUCUUUACAGCAUGAGGGCUGUUGGCAUUGGAAAGUUCUGAGUAGGUAGCAUAUGUGUUUCUUUUUGUUUUGAAAUUCAUUCGUGUAAAAAUAAAUCAGCCCUUUUGUUAAAAUAAAAAUGCAGCAAUGUUUUUUACAGGAUUCAGCAUCUCUGCAAAUACUACGCUAAUUGAUCUUGGUUGCGACAUUUAGGAGGAAGGUUAAUGAAAGUUGUUCCAAAAAUAUUAACUACUGUCAUUGGUGAAAUAAAUGAAACAAAUAAUUCAGUCUGUAGACUUUCUCAAGGCUAUAAACGCUGAUAGCAAAAUUUGUUCUCUUAAAAAUUUAACUUUGGCUACUGUGAAAAAAACAACCAGUACUUAUGAAUGUAGUCAGAUGGCAAAUAUGAAAUACUUUCUUAAGCAAUCCUCUGGGCCCAAAACUAGACCAGACUA